UUAUUUACAUUUACUCAUGGAACAUUAAUCAUGUUUACCUUUUACUUUGCAUUUGUGUCACUUCACGCACUGUUUAUUUAGCCUCUGGGAGUUAGCGACCACUAGGCUAAUGUCAAUGCCACACUACAAAGUUCACAAGUACGUUUCCAAUGCAUACUCCGGCGAUUACGAUUCUCUUCUAAAUGACAUUGUCAAAAGCGAUUAUGAUUCACCGUCUGGUGGCGAAGGACAGGUAACGCUGUCUAGCCUGUCGGGCUUGUCCACCUUGUCGAGCCUGACAAAGCGCGAUGCUGAACCGUACUUCAAGGAGCUUGAUAUGUUUUCAUUCGAUAACUACGAGAAACUUACUAAGGUUAAAAGUAUGCUCGCACACGCGCAAUCCAAUGAAAUGUUGGGUGAUGCACUUUAUCUUUACAACUUCAUGGAUCGGAACGGCCAUUCAAAAAGCAUCACGCUAAAUGACUCAUCCGAGUUUGUUACUGAGACGUGUAAAUUACUUUCCUCCUAUGGUUUGAAUAGCACCGAUAUUCUUGUUUCUACAGCGUCAAGUCCGUUCCUCGUCGAUUUUUACAAGAAUUUCGAUAUAUCUGUUUGUGACGCUAAACAUCAGAUGAAACGGGAAACCAUGGAAUGCAAUCAGAGUCAUUCCACUGAUUCAGCAAGUUGUACUAUUUUAUAUCAUACACUCGGUGGUUUUGGUACUUCUCCCAUCAAUCCUAGAAGCUGGUGUGUUGGUGUCUGUUGUAUUUCUUGGAGCGCUCCUGUCCAAUUUAGUGCAGGCUGGGCGCAAGAUAAGCUCAAGUCAUGUAUUGAUAGAUGCAUACCGCCAACCGGAAGUUGUCAAAUUAGGGACACAGUCUACGGUAGCACUCAUUUUAGUUUUUGCGUUAGCAACAGGGGUAGUGGUUGUUCGUAA